GAUAUUGGAGAUUGUUGCUGGUGCCAAUGCUCAAGGCUAGGGAAUUGUGGAUCUCCACAGUCCUCACACCAUGCAGGCCUCACAAGUUACUUACUCUGCUUCUUUAGUAGUGAGAGUGGAGAAUAGAAGAAAAUGACUGUGAAGAACAGAGUAGAGUUUACUUCAAGGAGUGUCAUUUCAAGGAACUGGGCGCUUCUGUUUUGCCUUGCUAGCUUCUGUGCUGGAAUGGUCUGUACUAACAGGAUGUGGACAGUCCCAGAAGCUAAACUUGAUGGAAAAUCAUCUAGUAUCAACAUACAACAAAUAAACUCAAAACCCGAAUCCUGCAAUCAAAAACAUGUUUUACAGAGAAAAUUGAAUGAAAGUCUAGGAGAAGAAGCAAGUACCCAGCAAAACAUUGAUGCACUGGAAAACAAGAUUUCCAGUUUAGAGAUGAAAUUAGCUGCUGUCAGGACAAAGCAUGAGAUUAAGUCGAGUGCCUCUCCUGCCGAGGAAAAUUCAAAAAGAAAAUACUUCAUGGUUAUGGGUAUUAACACAGCUUUUAGUAGCCGGAAAAGGAGAGACUCACUUCGUGCUACUUGGAUGCCUCAAGGUGAAAAAAGAAAGCAAUUGGAAAAAGAAAAGGGAAUAAUCAUUCGCUUUGUCAUAGGUCACAGUUCUACAUCUGGUGGAAUUCUUGAUAAAGCCGUUGAAUCCGAGGAAGAAGUUCACGGAGACUUCUUGAGGCUGGAGCAUGUUGAGGGUUACUUGGAAUUGUCAGCCAAGACAAAGAUUUAUUUUGCUACUGCUGUCAAGUUAUGGGAUGCAGAGUAUUACAUCAAAGUUGAUGAUGAUGUUCAUGUAAAUAUAGCAACGCUUGUGAGGACUUUGGCUGAGCACCGUAAUAAACCCCGGGUUUAUAUAGGUUGCAUGAAGUCUGGACCAGUACUUGCUAGGGAGGGAGUAAAAUACCACGAACCAGAAUACUGGAAAUUUGGUGAGGUGGGAAACAAGUAUUUUCGUCAUGCUACUGGACAAUUAUAUGUGAUAUCGAAAGACUUGGCUACUUAUAUAUCGAUAAAUCAGAAUCUGCUGCACAAAUAUGCCAAUGAAGAUGUUUCACUGGGAUCUUGGUUUAUUGGUUUAGAUGUCGAACAUGUGGACGACAAGAGUUUCUGUUGCACUACACAAGGAGUGUGUGAAGGGAGGGCUCAGGCAGGCAACUAUUGUGUUGCUUCAUUUGACUGGAGAUGCAGUGGGAUUUGCCGGUCUGUCGAGAGGAUUAUGGACGUUCAUGAGAACUGUGGUGAGGACAAGAAUGCGCUAUGGCAUACCAGCUUCUAAGAUACUCAUGGACUUUUUUUCCCUUCACAAUAUCUAUAUGAUAUAGAGAAUCAAUGCAGUGCCAAUAUAUAUAUGACUGUAAUUUAGACGGGACUGAGAAGAUAGAGACCUCGCCGCAGAAGGUAUGUGAGAGAACAAGAAAGUCUGUUAACAAUCCAUUCUUUGAAUGGUUGGAGCCUUGGAGGGCUGUAUUGAAGGUUCUCUGGCCAUGACCACUGAUGCCAUAAUCACUACUGUAUAUAUAUAUAUAUUUUUUAAUUUUUGGUCUUGCUACUUAGAUAAUAAUCUUGCAGCAUAAAUGUGUAUUAUGCUCUUAUUAUAUGAUCACAGAGAAUUCUUCUUUUCUUUUCUUCAUGGAUGAGGUUCGCUUUGAUUCCAUUUGAAUGUUACUGAAACCAUAGUUUUUAUUGCUC